CCAAGGCUGCGUCGAGAGUCACUCUCCCGGGCACCGAAGCCGCUUCUUUGCUGAUUGGUAUGGUCACAAGGAGCGUCCUCUUGGGCCUUGUGGUCCUUGUGUUGCUCUCCUAUGUUCCGCCAGGUAGAAGCGGACCCAAUGCCUACAUACGAAAAGCCUUUGCUACAUGUUGGCGACUACAUGGUACUUGCAGGCCAAAAUGUUUAAAAAACGAAGAAUAUCAUAUUUUGUGUGAUACUACAUUUCUGUGCUGUGUAAACCCAAAACAGAUGCCUAUACUGACUGGGAAAUAG